AUGUCCUCACAGCUCUUCUGCUGUUUGGGGGAGCAUCUGGCAAAGCGAGCUACGGUGAAGAAGCUGAAUGUGUGCAACUGCUCGGGCGCCGGUAUUGACCGCCUAUCCGUACCGGUCAACUUCUUCUUGGAGCAGCUGCAAAAAGAUCACGCGCUGACUUCCCUCGACCUCUCCAUGAGCAGAAUGGACUUUCGGUCUGCGCUGAUUCUGGAGGAUGCGCUUCAGAAUCACAAGCAGCUCAAGAACCUGCAGCUGGCCGACAAUCCCCUGGGACCUCGCGGAUUGAGGUCAGUGCUGAGGAUGGUUGCCUCACAGACGAAUGCUGUGCUCUUCUAUGAUACGUCCGGUUGCUACGGGGGAGAGGUGCCAGCUGAUCAAGAUCACGAGGUUUUUUCGAUGAGCAACCUCCCUGGCGCUGGGUCCUAUAUGUUGCAGCUCCAUCGCCCGUAUCACAGGUCCUUGCUGCGCAUGCUGUACAAGUCGGCUGAGAGAUUUCGAUUGGCGCCGUCAGAGGUGCUAACCAUCGUAAGCUCAGACGAUGACUUUGUCCACGGAACAAAGAAAGCAGGACUGUGGGAAGUCCCAAGCGAUGGCGAAGUUACCCUCAGCUUCAACUUGGAACGCUGCUUGGAGUCUCCUUUGUUCAAAGACGUGGAGUCUGACUUUGGACGUGUGAUCAACCGAUUUUACAGCCUUUCCCGUUUCCACCUGGAUUCCAGUAAGGCAGUGGCCGUUUUCGGUCGAUUCGUAGAGCUGGACGGCUUUCAGCACUCGCAAGCCGCACUUCUGAAGGCAUUGAGCUUUGACUUUGUCUUGACCAUUUCGCACCUCAAAGUUCUGGCAGAGACAUCACAACUCUUCAGGGCGCCUUGCAUAAUGAAUUUGCUUCCCUCGGUUCUGCGCGAACCAGGCUCGUACUUUGUUGUGCAGGGGAUGUACGCUACAACGCUGGACUGUGUCACGUGCCGACAGAAGCUCAAACAGCUUCUGCGCUUUACGCCAGCAAACCCGACUGGUCACUAUGUGUUGGCCAUGGAGAACCGGGCAGACUUUGCAGUGGCGGAGCAGCUGGCUCUCCUCGACAAGUGGGAAAUUAUGAUGGACAAGCGGCUCGGGCGAGAAGAUAUAUCAGCUGAGUGCAACAGAUCUCAUGCAAGGAAUGCCUUCUAUCAGGGCAAGCCACUUCAGAGUUCGCAAAUGGCCUUCGCCGACUGGAAGCGUCCUAGCUAUGACACCCUUGAGUUGGACUAUGUUAGCUCCCAAGGGCCGCCCAAGGGGGUGCAAGCCAUCAGUUGGGCAUCCUUCUGUGAGAUCUUAGAGGCGGUUCAUCAACCAGCAUGUUCCGCGCAAGUCAAAGUGGCUGCCUUGCGGAGCCAAGCAGAGACAUUUUACAUCGAGUCAAGGCAGCUUCGCGUUUUGGUGGGAACCUUCUCAGAGCCAGCAGAUCGAAUUGAGCUUUUCGUGUACUUCUUUAGUCGGAUCUUGGAUCCCCAGAACGCGAAGAUGUACAAAGCACAAUUAGAGGACUUCUCGGAUGUGCUGACUCUGCGGCGGCGACUUGGUUUUGCUCGAACAUUCCCAUACAUUCAGCCGGAGUUUGAGCAGUUCCAACUGAACUUGGAGCGCCAUGACGAGCGCAUCUGCAUGACUGCUCUGCUGGCAUUAUCAACAAGAGAGAAUGCUGGCAACAUCCGGCACCCCCAGUACAUUUUGCCAGAUGGGACUGUUGACCCACUGAAGAUGGGCAUCCCACGCAGCUGGGAGUUCUUGGAUCGGGUUCCGCAGGGCGGCACUUUCAAGUGCAGCUACGUUUGUGCUCCAGACGAGCGAAAUUUCGAGCUUCGAAAGCAGCUGUGCAAGUCCUACCACUUCUCAGACGUUAAGGAGGCUGACGUCUCCUGGUGGACGAACAUGAUAGAGGUGCCUUCAGAAGUCAUCGACCUUCUCCUGAUGCUCAGAGAGAACGGCAUGGACUUGAACAAAGCGUUUGAUUCCAUCGAUGGAUUUGAUGGAAAUGGCGAGAUUGGCCUUGGAAAGCUUCACCAGGGACUUGAAGAUCUUGGCUGGCGCAAGUACAAGAAUCCGGCAUCCGAUCACGAACUCAAGGAGCAAAUUCUGGCUGUUUUUCGGUGUUUGAAUGCCGCGGGGCAUGGCACACUCUCCAGAAGCGAUUGGAACAUCCUGCAGCAGCUGACGAAGGAUGUUGAACAUGCCCUCGCAGAGUGUGCGCAGUACUUGGUGCGGGUACAUGGCUCUAUAUCCGCAGCCUGGAAUGCUCUGGACCCAGAACUCCAAGAUGACUUGAGCCGGGAGGCUUGGCUGGAGUCCCUCAAGCGGCUCUGCUAUUUUGGACCUGGUGAUAUUGUCUUCAGAUUUCUCACGGCAUCUGAUUCCACCCGCUCGCACUCCAUGACCUGGAACAAGUUUUGCAGGCUCGAAAAGUUUAUCAGCUAUGGUCUUGCGUAG